AUGAUUUCUCUCAACCUGCAAACGUUGACGCGCAGUAUUGCUCUGCUUGCUCUUGUCAAGGGAUCAUUCAGUUUGGCCAUUCCUGACGAUGCUGAGCCCUCCAUUACUGUCACCCCUGAUCCCCCCUCGAACUCCACCGACGACGGAUCCUCUGGCUCUACCGAUCCUUUCGACUUCGUAGACGAAGUCCUCGAAUACUUCAUAGCUCUCCAAGUAGAAAACUCCACAAGUGUCAACCCCGGACCACAGAAGCGCGCCACACUCCCCAAGCACGGCUGCGACCAUAUCAACGAAUGGAUCCGCCGUGAAUACAAACCCGAUAUAAGCGUGCAAGCAUACGAGGACGAAUGCAAACCCGCGGGUAGCAACGACUACCAAGCCCCGGGACAUUGCCCACCACGCACCUACUGCACCGAAGUCGAGACCGUGGAAGCUAAUCAAAUUGUCAUCGAUACCAGAUGUGUCCCGCACAAACAGCCGAAGAAGGAUAAUUGGAAUGGAGUGGCGCAGUACGAGUACAGGCAUGUACAUGCUUAUUAUGAAGAGACGAAGUUUCAAGAUGUGCCUAUCGUUUUGAAUCAGGCUAUCUCUGGGGCGAGUGUUAGUGCGCAUGUUGAGAGUUCCCUCAAGGAAUGGGCUAUUAAGACAGACGCCACUCUCACGGGUAACAACGUGGCCAUAACGAAAACGUUUGGCGAUAUCGUCGACUUUACUUUUGGGCUGUUACUCCAUCAGGUAGGUAUCUUUCUGUACUAUAUCGGCAAAUAA